AUGAAGGGGCACACACCUCAUGUUGCUUUCGUUGGAAGGUCCAACGUUGGCAAGUCCACAUUGUUGAACAUGCUGCUACAUCGGAGACCUUCUCCUGUCCCCGAGCACAUCAGUAACAGCAAGAAGCUUCACCUGCCAACCGCAGCACCUGUGUCGCACACGCCCGGAAGGACGCGGCAUUUGUUCCGGUUUGAGCUGGGCAACACAAUGACGUUGGUGGACCUACCAGGCUACGGGCAUGCAGCGAAGACUCCGAAGGAGGUUAAGGAAAGCUGGAGGGAACUGGUCGAUGGAUAUUUGACCAACGCCGAUCAGCUUCGCCUCGUCGUAUCCCUGGUGGAUGGCAGGGUUGGUGUCAAGCGGUCGGAUGAGGAGCUUUGGGAGCUCCUUGAAGAGCGAGAAAGGCAGCUCAUGGUGGUGCUUACCAAGGUUGACCAAUGCUCUCCGGAAGUGCUCAACAGGACCAUGGCGCACGUGGUGUCCUUGCUGGAGAUGAAGAAGGCGACCUACAUUUGGCCUUACGUGCACGCAGUCAGUGGCCUCUACGGUCAUGGCGUGGACGAGCUAAGGGCAUCUGUUAGCUUGGUAGCUGCUGACUACGUCGCGCGAAAGCAGGCCAAAAAGGCAUUGACUGGCGUGCUUCUGCCUCUACUGGAGAAGGCACAGGAUGGAGCACGGGUUAUUGCUGUGUCGAGCACAGCACACCUUGGUGCCAACAAGGACCUCAUGACAGGAGACCUCAUGGCUCUUGAGCGGUACACUCAGUGGGGUGCAUACUGCCAGUCAAAGCUGGCCAAUGUCCUCUUUGCAAAGGAGCUGGACCGCAAAUUCAAGAAGGCGGGCAUCAACGCAACUGCCGUGUCCUGCCAUCCAGGGGGUGUGGACACUGACCUCCAGCGCUGGACGGUCACUGCAGAUGGCGAUCCCAAGAAGGCCACCCAGCUUCGCAAGGACACCCCAGUGGCCGAUGCAUUCAUCAGCUUCGUGACCAGAUCUGUUCAGCUUGGUGCGAACACUCAGGUCUACUUGGCUGCUGGAGCAGAUGGAGGCUACAAGAAGUCCGGCGGAGAGUACUUUGACAACAUGUCGCCAGGACUGCUCAAUCCGACGGCCACGGAUGAGGCUUUGGCUCAGGAGCUGUGGGCCAAAUCAGAGAAGCUCACCGGUGUGAGUUACAAGAUCUAG